AUGGGCUCGCGCAACGCGAGCAUCAUGUGGCAGAAGAGAUUUGAGCAGCGCACCAGUCCGGCGGAUCUUCUGGACGACGGGCGAGAUCUUCUGGCUACUGAUGCGAGGGACAAGGUGUAUGGUUUGCUAGGCUUUCCGGCACUGAGAAAUGCGUUGGGCGGUCUUGAGCCAGACUACACUCAGUCUGUCGAACUCGUGUAUACACAAACAGCUAUAGCCAUUAUAAAGAGCACAGGGAAUCUGGAUGUCCUAUCCUUUGCUGAAGGACCGCCACGAACGCACGAUUCUUGGCCCUCGCCCCAAGACGAUGAGCUGGGCUGGCCGGAGACGCGGACUUGGGUCGCGCGCUGGGAUCAAGAAACUCUCUUCCCUACAUCAGCGAUGUGUGCGCUUCCAACUAACUUGGCUACAAAAGGCCCACCAGCUGUAGUUGUCGCUGUGGAUACUGGCACGGGUGUACUCACGCUACGUGGGUUUCUGGUCGACGAGAUCGUGUAUGUUGCGCCGUAUGUACAUUGGCCUGGAGGAUCAGAUACGGAGUCUCUACCGACGAAUCCGGAAGCUAUUAUCGAACUGUACGAUGCGAUGGUGCACCACGGCAAGGCUGCUUCGGAGCGCGAGACAUUGUGUAUGCUGGCGCAGAUCCUGACUGGAGGGCUUACAGCGUCAUAUGAGUCCGCUGAAGUCGACGAACAAUCCCAUCUCGCGAGUUUCAUCUCUUUCAUCCUUGGAGCACUAGAUCCAGCUAAAACAACACACAAGAGACGGGAGAGUUUAAAAUCUUUCCUCGCCAUACUACAGCAGCAAGGAGAACAGCUACCGCCAGCAGAUCCAGCUAAGUACCAAAUGGCAAUGAUACUUAUGCUCUCUAAUCGCCGCGUUUUCAUAACGGCUCAAGGACACGUCGGCUUGGGCCACUCCCGCGUGUUGAUGGGCGACGCGGUAGUCUGGCUGUAUGGAGGGAAAAUGCCUUUUGUGCUUCGCCAGAGGAUAGGGCGUAGCCACUGGGGCUUUGUUGGCGAGUGUUUCUUGUAUAAUGGCGACGAGAGAAAGAGUUGGAAAUAUGUUAGUAGUGACGGUUUGUUGGAUAGGGAGUUUGAGCUUAUGUGA